AAAAUUAAUUCGUAUCGCCGGUUGCUACGACGGAGAACAACGCGCGCCUAAUUUCACAUCGCUAGAGAAACUUUCUCCAAUGCUCAGUGGGAAUGAAAAAAUACAGGUGAAGACGAGUUUUUUUUCGCGUUUCAAGAGGGUUAAACUACCAAAGUGGAGGCCGGCGAAAUGCCAAAACAACGUAAAUCAUCGUCAAUGGACAGAUGUCGAAUUUGUUUGUGUGAUAAUGGUGUAAUGACAGAUAUCUUCAAUCCUGACUUACGGGAAAUGAUCAAGGAUCUCAUCACAAGUACCAAUACUAAUAUUGCUGAGAGUGAUAGUUUUCCAAGAAAUAUCUGUCAUGUUUGCCUUUACAAACUUGACAUGUGGUGUGACUUCAAAGCUCAAUUUCUACGAAGUAAUAAAAUACUUGUGCAUCAGUUGAAAAUGGAAAUAUUAGGUCGAUCGGUAUCGACGAACAAGAGGAAGCUCAGUGACUCCCCUUUAAGCCCAGACCUCAACCACGAUGAUGCAGUUGAUUCCAAAAAAAUUAAGCACGACCUCUCACCACUGCCAGAAAAAUGUGACAAACCAUCUCCAGAAUGUGCAAACUCCCCGGAUCCCUCUGAGAAUCUCAUGGAGCCAUCGCUGAGUCCCCCAGGAAUGCUGGACAGUGCGUCUGGGAGUCAGUCCCAGCGAAUCUCGAGUCCAGCCCUGAAGGCUCGUACGUCAAUCGGUCGACGAACGUCAGAACAGCGUUUAGCCUCCACCCAGCGCUGGGAGGCCCGGAAAAAGGCUCUUCUGGCAGCCACCGGUGAAAAUGACUCUGAUACAGACUCAGUGGCAUCGGAUGACAAUCAGCUGUCUCCAAUUCAGAAGGCGAGGGCCAAAAACAACGCAGAAAAGGAGGCAGAGAGACAACGCCGCUUCAAAGCGUGCAGCAACCUGAACCAGGCCGGCAUCCUCGAGAGUAAUACAACAAAUCCUGCGCUCCAAAAACCCCAGGAAAAUGUCCAGGUGAGCCUCGACAAAAGCGACGACUUCACACCUCGAUCUGUCCAGUCUGAGAUCAUAAUAGGGGACGCAACGUACAUCGUCACGUCGACACUUCUCCUGACGGAGCCCUUCGUCCCUCAGGAUCAACAGCCCCAGGAGAAAGUCUCCGAAGACCUUCCCAAUUAUCAAAACACCGACAUUAUGGAUGCUGUGAAGUUAAGACGCGUCAAUCCCCAGCCCAAAGUGUCCCAGAAUAAUAAAAAAUUGAUCGAGAGAUGUUUAAACAUCGAGGUAGAGGGAACAGAGCUGUCGGCCCUCCAGAAGGUCCAGACGGAGUUGGCGAAGUUCAUCGAGGUCGAGGUGAAGCAGAAAUUGCUGAAUAAUACUCCAGUGGAGGAGAAGGUCGAGCCAAAGCCACAAGACAGUACCAACACACUGGAGCACAAGUUAAAGAGCAUAAUCGAGAAGAGUCUGAAAAAUAAUAUCGACAAUUCGAGGCUGAAGAGAGUGCCAAUGAGUAAAAUUACAAUGGGGGGUAGGGUAAAUAAAACUUUCUCACCGUCAUUCAUCAAAGCUGCCAUGAAAUCUCCGCACUUUCAGCCGAAGGUGGUGCUGAAUCGAUUUGAAUUACCGAAGAUCGAAGAAAUUAUAGAAAUCAGUAAAACAGAGAGGACAGAACAAGACUGUGCGAAGAGCAGUGAAAUAUCCAAGGAUAAUACUCAAAUUUUGAUGACUCCAAAAGAAAAAAAGACUCUAGUUAAAAGCACACGUACUCCCAAUAUAUUAAAGAAUUCUCGAAUUGAUCAGGCAAAUCCCCAGAGUAAAAAGCCCAUUGACUCACAAAGAGAGACUGAAAUAUUGAUUUCAAGUACUGAUAAACAUAUAUGUGGAUUAUGUGGCACUAUAUUCCCAACGCAAUCGCUGGUCGAAGCUCACUACGAGUGUCACAGAUCGACUGCAACAGUUACGAAGCACAAGAUGAUGAGGUGCAAGAGGUGUCAGGAAAUCGUCGAGGCGAAAUUUGUGAAAAUUCACGUGUGUAAGACAAAGCAAUACAAGUGUGAAAUUUGUUGUAAAAGUUUCAAUACUCAGAGCAGUCUGGGUAGACACCUGGAGGAGCACAAGAGCCAGAAGGAGCUGUUGAGCACCGAAAAACCGAGCGUGAAGCAUGCAGGGGAAGAAUCAGCGGGUUUCGUGCCUCCGGUAUUAUCGAUUCCAUCGUGUGAAUCACCACCGAAGGUCGUCCCCCUCGUCGACCAGGUUUCCUGCUUCAUCUGCGACAAGAAUUUCGCCAACGACGAAAUCCUGAAGGAUCAUCUGCAGACACAUUGCGACAAUGCUAGCGAGGGAGAACAGACGUCGGAGAACAAAGUGUACCAGUGUGCAAUAUGUGGUGAAACCCUAGAGUCUGAGUCUCUCCUGGAGGCGCACGUGGAGAAACAUCUCUGCGAUGACGAGGACGAUAAUCCCAAUUUGAUAAAUAUCGAGGGAGCUCUUCAGGUCCAGCCCAGCAAGCAGAUGCACAUGUGUGUCCAGUGCGCCCAAGAAUUUGAUUCUGAACUGAAUCUUGUAAUGCACAUGCAGCAGCACGAGGAAGAGGCUGCCUUUGCUGAAUGGGGGAAGCAGGGUCUCAAGUCCCAGGAGGACCACGUCUGUACCAUCUGCGAGGAGGCCUUCAGCAGUGAAGAAACACUUGCCAAUCAUUUGGAUCUUCACAAUGGCAACUGUCAUAUCUGCGAGCUGUGCGACAGGCCCUUCUGGACACUAGGAGAACUUCAAGAACACGUUGUCAGCCACUGCACGUGAAACCCCACACUGGGGGUUUUCUUUUCACAUGCGGUGGAGAUUUUUGAGGUCAUUAAUUUUGUUCGUUAAAUGGCGAGUUAGACGCGAUUUUUUCUGAUGAAAGAGAACAGUCGUCACGAGAUACCACCAAAAUCAAGCGCAGAAACAUUCGUUCUACAUUUUUUAAACUGUUAGUUCUAUCAACAAUCAUGCGAUUGACUGGAAUUUCAUACUCAAGAAAAUGGGUUUCACCGCUUUGUUACUACUAAAUUUAUAUAAAAUGCAAAACAUUCAAUGAAAAAAUGAGACCGUCAUAUUGGAAAAUCGAAAUUUAAAUCAUCUCACAAUGAAUUAUUGAUCGGUUAAUGUCCACUGACUGCCGAUCGUGGUGGAUCAAAUUUUAUUGAUAAAUCUCUUUUUGUCGUCUCGUUCAUUUGAUCUUCUCGGCCGUCUCCAGGGUGAAUAUAUCCUACAGUAUAAAGUAAUCCUACUGUAUUGUACACGUAAAAGAUAUCUCUAUGCAAAAAAUUAGUUGGAUACUGCAUUGUAAAUAACAGGUGCUUCAUUCACACGUUGAACCUGAUUACUCUUUGGAUUUUUAAUAAUAAAAUGAAAUAAUGGAUAAAAAAAAAAUUUACAUCAAAUGUGUUAUUCAACCGUUUGUAAUUAUUGAAAUUAAAGUGUCUAUCAAUACGACUCCUUGUGUAAUACUACAGCACAGAUACCUCAAACUGAAAAAUGUCGAUUGAACAGUUUUACCAUCGUCGCAAGUUAUUUUUUAUUAUUUGGAUACUUGAAUACUGGAAUAUACAAUACAUAACAUUCUACCA